CAGGUGGGAUGCUGGAGUGAGAGGCAGCCGUAGCCCACAUCGAGGAUGCAGUUUCACGCCAGCCAUGGGGUCGUAUGUCUUGAGUGUCUGUGUGUCUACCUUUGUGGGACGCAUCUUCAGGUCCCUCUCCCAUCUCUAGCUCCCACCUGCAGCUUUGCUAUCUUGUUUUUUUGUUUGUUUGUUUGGUACAGGGUUUUACCAUGUAACCUGGACUGGCCUCAAACUCAGAAUCUUCCUUCCUGAGCUGAGUGCUGGGAUUACAGGUGUGUACCGCCAUCAUACCCGGCUCCACCUCAGCUCUGGCUGCCUUCUUCCGACUCAGGCAACCACCCCUUCUGUCGAUUCAGCUGCCACUUAUUGAGCACCUACUGUGUGCCAGGCACUUUUGCCACCCCUUUUCGGAUGAGAGAACGGAGGCUUGCCAGGUGUGGUGGUGAGCAUCUGUACUCUCAGCACGUAGGAGGUGGAGGCAGGAGGAUUAGUUCAAGGCAUUCCUCUAACUACAGAGGGAAUCUGAGGCCAGCAUGGGCUAUAUGAGACCCUGUCUCAAAAGCCGGGAACUGAAAGUCUAAGGCAUGUUCAUGCUUGUCAGCAGUGCGGACAAUGGUGUGGGCAUAGAGUUCUGGCUCACGUUGCUCUACCUGCCUUCUGGCUUCCUGGCUCUAACUGUACUGAUGAACAGGGCUCACCCGCAGGGUCUCCAGUUGUUCCACAGUUAGAUAGACCCCUGUCUCCUCCACAGCCUCCCUCCUGCUCUUCACACCGUGUCCACAGGCAAUCGGAGUGGAUUCGAUGCGUGCUGCUUCCUUAGCUCCCUGGUCCACCCUGUCCCUCACCCUGGACUGGCCUCUCGUUCAAGGUGUUUGGAGCCCUGACAAGGCUCUGCUGCCUGACCUGACUUCAUCCCACCUCUGACCACUGUGCUUGCUUUCCAACACUUCCCACUUACUCUAGUUCCUUUUUGGGCGGCUCCUUAUGCUUCUGGGGUGACUCAUGGUGUGUGACCCCAGGCAGUCAGCCUCUCCAUGGGCCAUGGUUUCCCACUGCACUGGGGCCAGCAGAGGAGAGAGAAAGGAGAGGGAACAAGAGCCCACUGUGUGCCUGGGGAAGAUGUAGACACUGAGCCACUGUGGGCCGGCAGUGUGCUGCUCCUUGGCCUGGACUCUUUGUCUGGCCUGGAAAACCCCUCCCCCAGGCCUUGUGAAUCCCACUAGCUUGAGGCCCUGGUAAGAACAGAGCAUAGGGUGGGGCAAGUUUGGAACACAGCGCCUGCCCAUCCGGGUAGGGUGGGUGUCCUUUCCCCAGACUGCAGGCCUGGAGUUGUGUGUGGCUUCUCUUAUGUUUUCCCUCGCUGUAGCGUGGAGGUUUGUAGACGGGGACCCCGGGAGACCCAGAUGCUCAGGCAGAUUCCCAGAGCUUGCCCACAGCCCUGUUAGCUUAUGCUUUUCCCAUUCACACUCACCCAGACUGGUUAGCUGCUGUCUCCAGGUCUUGCUGAAGGGUCAGCUCCUUCCAGAGUCCCCACAUCCCCACUCAGGAGAGCUGGCACUCUCUGCCUGCGCUCAGGUGAGGCAGCACCAGUGGACAGACAGUCCUGGAGGCCAGCACGAAGCACGUUGCAGGACUUCGAUAUUGGAGAAAGGAAGGCAAGGACAGGGAGGAGAAGCCAUGGCUAUUAGUAGCUGUUGGGAAUGGCAGCUUGUGUUCCUGAGAAAGGCACCACUUCAGUACCACCUAGAAGUGCCACGCAAAGGUACCCAACUUGUUGGAAAGGCCAGUCCCCAGUACUCAGCCUUCAUGAUGGUCCUGGGACCACUCUUGACCGUGGUCCUUCCUGGGGCUCCUGAGUGGCAGCGCAGGGUGGACCAGACGCAGCUUGUGUAAGGCAUAGGCAUCCUCCAUCUUGUCUGAUACCUGCCCCUUACCCAGUGGGCCUCACAGGACCCAGCCCAGCCUUAGGGGUUCACUGCCUUCCAGGCCAUAUUUCCCCUGUUUGUACAGUGAGGAUGAAGCUUCUCUGUCCUCCAGGUACGGAGAGGGAGAGACCUGAGUUGAAGCAGGUGGGUUACAGAGCCCAGAGCCUGCUUAGGUCUGCAGAUAAGAAGGUCUAGAACUUGUGUCUUCUGCCCUCUGAGUCCUGCGUCAGGGAGCCCUUGUCUGCACCCUCAGCCCUGAGUCCUAGUCAGGGAUCCCUUAUCUGCCUCCUCAGCCUGUUUUCCUCUCCGCUUUCCGGACACACGUGAGACCUUCCACUUGGAGCAGGGGCAGGUGUACAUCUGCUGUGACUGUCCUUGUAGUGGGGGAAGUAAGAGUUCCACAGAGGUCAAGACUUGCCUGACAGUCUUGAGCAGGCAUUGCUGUGCUGAUAGCCUCAAACACACAGAUAUCUGCCUGCUUCUGCUUCCCAAGUGCUAAGAUUAAGUGUGUGCAACAGUAUGCCUGGCUCAGGUGUGUGUGUGUGUGUGUGUGUGUGUGUGUGUAUGUAUAAAAUCAAAGACUGGAAGAUGACUUUGUGGAUUCAUUUUCUGAGCUGUCUGGAGGGCCCACUUGUGUGAUAGGUUUAGGGUCUUAGGUGUUCUGGGAGUUUUCCCCUGCCUAGCAAUUUCAGUCUUUUUUGGCAGCUGGCGCCACCUCGUGGUCAUCUGUCGUGUUUUCUGCUGCUUAGACAUGGUCUCGCCAUGUAGCCUUGUCUCUUUAGCACUGGGAUUACCCAACACCAAGUUUUGUCAAGUCUUUUGCACACAGGAGUCUGGUGUCCUGGUUGCUUUGAAGCCCGAGGAAGUCAUCUUUGUCUCUGAAUGUGGGGAGUCUUCUGUGUAAUUGAUCACAAACCCCGCAGUGUGGGAAGCGGAGGUCAUAGUGGUUAAGAUGGCCUGGGACGGAUGGUUAGCGCUCUGCUGCUCCUGUAUGUGUCCAGCUGCACACUCUCUGCGUAUUCACUGCUGCUUCCAGCUGCCAGGGAGUCCUCCUUACUCCCUGACAAGCUCCUGCAAUUUGCUUUCUGCCCAGCCCACCGCCAUUUCCUUAUUUAUAGGGCUGUUGUUACCCAUGCUUUAAGUUCAAGAGGGUGAGAACCCUCUACCAGCAUAUACCAAGCAUCGUGUCUCGCUCAUAGUAGGUGCAUGCAGUGUUGCUCCUUGGGUUCCUACUAUCGGGGGACCUGCUGUGAUGAGAUCAGGCACAGAGCAUGCCAGCAUAUAGCAGGAGCUGUGAGCACCUCUGCUGGGCUUGUACUGCUUCUUCUAGGUUUGGGUCCACAGUGUCUGUCCUUGGAGACUUGUCAGGGUUGUCACUCAACAAAACCCCUCCCCCAGGCCUGCCCCCUGCAUCUGGAACCAUGAGCGAGGCCCGAAGAGACAGUACUAGCAGUCUGCAGCGCAAGAAGCCUCCAUGGCUUAAGCUGGACAUCCCAGCCGUGGCGCCCCCAGCAGCAGAAGAUCCCAGCUUUCUGCAGCCCCUGCGGCGGCAGGCUUUCUUGCGGAGUGUGAGUAUGCCAGCCGAGACAGCCCGUGUCCCAUCGCCCCACCAUGAGCCCCGGCGGCUGGUGUUACAACGUCAGACAUCCAUCACGCAGACCAUCCGCAGGGGGACAGCAGACUGGUUCGGAGUGAGCAAGGACAGCGACAGCACCCAGAAGUGGCAGCGCAAGAGCAUCCGUCACUGCAGCCAGCGGUAUGGGAAGCUAAAACCGCAGGUCAUUCGGGAGCUGGACCUGCCCAGCCAGGACAAUGUGUCGCUGACCAGCACUGAGACGCCGCCGCCGCUCUAUGUGGGGCCGUGCCAGCUGGGCAUGCAGAAGAUCAUAGACCCUCUGGCCCGCGGCCGGGCCUUCCGCAUGGCUGACGACACUGCUGAUGGCCUGAGCGCCCCCCACACCCCAGUCACACCAGGUGCUGCCUCCCUCUGCUCCUUCUCCAGCUCCCGCUCAGGUUUCAAUCGACUCCCUCGGCGGCGCAAACGAGAAUCAGUGGCCAAGAUGAGCUUCCGGGCCGCUGCAGCAUUGGUGAAGGGUCGGUCUAUUAGGGAUGGCACUUUACGAAGGGGACAGCGUCGAAGCUUUACCCCGGCCAGCUUCCUGGAGGAAGACAUGGUGGACUUCCCUGAUGAACUGGAUACGUCUUUCUUUGCCCGGGAAGGUGUCCUCCAUGAGGAGCUGUCCACAUACCCAGAUGAGGUGUUUGAGUCCCCGUCAGAGGCAGCGCUCAAGGACUGGGAGAAAGCUCCAGAGCAGGCUGACCUCACCGGCGGGGCCCUGGACCGCAGCGAGCUUGAACGAAGCCACUUGAUGCUGCCCCUGGAGCGAGGCUGGCGGAAGCAGAAGGAGGGUAGCUCGUUAGCCCCGCAGCCCAAGGUGCGGCUUCGCCAGGAGGUGGUCAGCGCGGCUGGACCCAGGAGGGGUCAGCGCAUCGCUGUACCAGUACGCAAGCUCUUUGCCCGGGAAAAGCGGCCCUAUGGUUUGGGAAUGGUGGGAAGGCUCACCAACCGCACCUACCGGAAACGUAUUGACAGCUAUGUCAAGCGGCAGAUCGAGGACAUGGAUGAUCACAGGCCCUUCUUCACUUACUGGCUCACCUUUGUGCACUCACUGGUCACCAUUCUGGCUGUGUGCAUCUACGGUAUUGCGCCUGUAGGCUUCUCGCAGCAUGAGACAGUAGACUCGGUACUAAGGAAGCGGGGCGUCUAUGAGAAUGUCAAAUACGUUCAGCAGGAGAACUUCUGGAUCGGCCCCAGCUCGGAGGCCCUCAUUCACCUGGGGGCCAAGUUUUCACCCUGCAUGCGCCAGGACCCACAAGUGCACAGCUUCAUCCUUGCUGCCCGGGAGCGUGAGAAGCACUCAGCUUGCUGUGUACGCAAUGACCGCUCUGGCUGCGUGCAGACUUCGAAGGAGGAGUGCUCGUCUACGCUGGCAGUGUGGGUGAAGUGGCCCACUCAUCCCAGUGCUCCAGACCUUGCAGGCAACAAGAGGCAGUUUGGUUCUGUCUGCCACCAGGACCCCAGGGUGUGUGAUGAGCCUUCCUCUGAGGAUCCUCAUGAGUGGCCAGAAGAUAUCACCAAGUGGCCGAUCUGCACCAAAAACAGUGCUGGGAACCACACUAACCACCCUCAUAUGGACUGUGUCAUAACAGGCCGGCCCUGCUGCAUUGGCACCAAGGGCAGGUGUGAAAUCACCUCCCGGGAGUACUGUGACUUCAUGAGGGGCUACUUCCACGAGGAGGCCACACUCUGCUCGCAGGUGCACUGCAUGGACGACGUCUGUGGCCUCCUGCCUUUCCUCAAUCCCGAGGUGCCUGACCAGUUCUACCGCCUGUGGCUGUCCCUCUUCCUGCACGCUGGGAUCCUGCAUUGUUUGGUAUCCGUCUGCUUCCAGAUGACAGUCCUGCGGGACCUGGAGAAGCUGGCAGGCUGGCACCGCAUAGCCAUCAUUUACCUGCUGAGCGGUAUCACGGGCAACCUAGCCAGUGCCAUCUUCCUGCCAUACCGGGCGGAGGUAGGUCCGGCUGGCUCACAGUUUGGUAUCCUGGCCUGCCUCUUCGUGGAGCUGUUCCAGAGCUGGCAGAUCCUGGCUCGACCCUGGCGUGCCUUCUUCAAGCUCUUGGCCGUGGUGCUCUUCCUCUUUGCCUUUGGCCUGCUGCCCUGGAUCGACAACUUCGCCCACAUCUCAGGCUUCAUCAGUGGCCUUUUCCUUUCCUUUGCCUUCUUGCCGUACAUCAGCUUUGGCAAGUUUGACCUGUACCGCAAGCGCUGCCAGAUCAUCAUCUUCCAGGCGGUCUUCCUGGGCCUGCUGGCCGGCCUGGUGGUACUCUUCUACGUCUACCCGGUGCGCUGUGAGUGGUGCGAGUUUCUCACCUGCAUCCCUUUCACCGACAAGUUCUGUGAGAAGUACGAACUGGACGCUCAGCUCCACUGAGGCAGCUGUGGGCACCCCAGGACACCCCAGCCUCCCAGGGCUGAACACAUGGUGCUCCCUGAACUCUGACCUCUUGUGCCUUGCCCGCUCCUGUUGAACCCUUAUACGGAUGGACAUUUACUACAUGAGUUCCCAUGAUAACCUUCUAACUAGUCCCCGAUGACCACUUCAUGUGGCCAAUAAAUGGACUGGGAGCGUUUUAGCUGCCACUAACUUGA